AUGAGUAGCAUACCAGUCAAGCUGUUGAAUGAGGCUCAAGGACAUAUAAUAUCACUGGAACUGUCCACCGGUGAGACCUACCGAGGCAAAUUGGUGGAAAGUGAAGAUAACAUGAACGUUCAAUUGAGGGACGUCACAGUAACGGGUAGUGAUAGCAAAGUGAGCCGAAUGGACCACGUAUUUAUAAGAGGCUCACAGAUCCGAUUUGUCGUUGUACCAGAUCUGCUUCAGAACGCACCAUUGUUCAAGACAGGACCUCAAUCGAGGCCUAAUCCACCAAUACGUGGGCCAAGGAAAAGAUAG